AUGAUUUGUUCUCAGCAUUUUAGCCCAGAGUGCUUCAGAGAAAUUAAUGGAAAGAAGUUCCUCAAGGAAGAAAGUUGUCCUUCUAUAUUUUCCUUUCCUGACACUUCUAAGAAAAUACACGCUCCAAAAAGACGAAGAAAGAACUCCAAGUGGGCUGGAGCACUUGACCUCACUCUUGUCAAGGCAAAUGGCAGCAAAAAUGAGAUGUGCAGUCAGCAGAUCAUGCAAACUACACCAGCUAGUGAUUCACAAAAAUCACUUGAGCACAAAGAGCAUAAAGUGGAUCUGAAUAGCUUUUCUUCAAAGAUAAGCCCCACUGAGGUAUAUAGUGCAAAGUAUACCCUCACAACAGAGCAUCAUUACCAUAUUACAGAUAGUCCAAAAACACUGAAAAGGAAGCUAGAUGAACUUUUGGAGGAGAAUGAUGAGCUGAGAAGAAGAUUAAGGAACAGACCUCCCAAAGAACAAUGACUCUUAUUCAGAUGUGGGUGUUUUAAAUGGACAAACAUUCUAAGGACAUGCAUCCAACAGUGCGGCCUUAGAUGAAUGCCAGGACUCAUCUCUCACCUGUACUCAUUAAUGGAAUAUUAUGUAUCCCACUGUAUUUAUUUACAUAAAUGUAUUCAAGUUUUCAUAUAAACAGAUUUGGCAACUCUGUA